CACACACACACUAUAUUGCCAAAAGUAUUUGGACACCCCUCCAAAUCAUUGGAUUCAGGUGUUCCAAUCACCUCCAUAGCCCCAGGUGUAUGCAGAGUGCUUCUACAAACAUUUGUGAAAGAAUGGGUCUCUCUCAGUGAAUUCAAGCGUGUUACUGUGAUAGGUUGCCACCUGUGCAAUAAGUCCAUCCAUGAAAUAUCCUUGCUACUAAAUAUUCCAUAGUCAGCUGCUAGUGGCAUUAUAACAAAGUGGAAGCAACUGGGAACAACAGCAACUCAGCCACAAAGUGGUAGGCCAUGUAAAAUGAUAGAACAGGGUCAGCGUAUGCUGAAGCGCACAGUGCGCAGAAGUCGCCAACUAUCUGUAGAGUAAAUAGCUAAAGACCUCCAAACUUCAUGUGGCCUUCAGAUUACAACAGUGUGUAGAGAACUUCAUAGAAUGGGUUUCCAUGGCCAAGCAGCUGCAUCCAAGCCUUAUAUCAAAAAGUGUAAUGCAAAGUGUCACAUGCAGUGAUGUUAAGCACUCCACCAGUAG